GUUCCGUUCUCGCUUCGAAACGUAGACGAAACCACGCGACUCUAACCCUGUUUCUAAAUUUGAAAAUUAAAAGAAUAUCCUUUUGAGAUGUGAAGAAAUUUAAAAUUCUAUAAAAAAGAAUUUGGAAAAAGUUCAGUGUGUGUUCUGUUUGUAAAUAUGUGAACAAGUGAAUUAUUAAAUGAUUGUAGUGCAAUAGUGACGUUAAAGAUGGUGGUGUUACUUUUGGUGGGCAUGUUAAUCGCCCGCAGCGUGUCCCACACGAUCACCUCGCUGGAGCUGCCGCAGUGGGCGGACCCUCGGAGGGACGCAGAGCUUCGCUGCUCCUACGAGAGGCACGUCCACGACCCUCCUUUACACUCCGUCAAGUGGUACCGAGGGACACAUGAGAUCUUCCGGUAUACGCCGCAAGAGUACGAGACGCGAGCAUUCAACAAUACGGGCAUAUUGAUAGUGAACUCGACAUGUGAUUCCCGCGCAUGCGCGAUCAUCGUGCGCCCGGAGCGCGGCACGGCCAAGUAUACCUGCGAGGUGUCCAGCGAAGGGCCCAGGUUCGCGGUCGACAAGCGAUCCGCCAACAUGACUCUUGCUGUGUUGCCAGAAUACGACCCGCUGAUCACGGGGUUGCCCACCAUAGUGCAGGCGGGAGAGAAUGCGAUCAUCAACUGCACAUCAGACUACUCCCUGCCGCCUGCUGUCAUCGACUGGUUCGUGGACUCCGAGCCGCAGGAGGACCCGCUAAUAGUAAGCAAGAACCACGUGUCCGGGGAAGACGGCGACGGGCUACAAGCAUCAUGGCGGACGCUGCAUGUGUACCCGGACGACUACGCGACGCACCGCGGCUACUUGUCGCUCCGCUGUCGCGCCACCGUGCCCACGCAGCCGCCGCAUGUCACCAGCAUGUCCGUCCGGCUGUUUGUCGCCGCGCGACCACACAUAUCUACUUACAUGUUUAGUAAAAACAAUGCGGCGUCAAGCGGCAGUGGCUCUAUAUACAGGUUUCAUGUUGAGAUGACACUGUGGACGUUAGCGCUACUUCUAAAAUUCAAGUGCCUUUUAGUGAACUAAUAAACUAAAUUGAAAAAAAAAAAUAUAUUGAAAAUUAAAAGACGAAUUAUGACAUACGUAUUCGUAUAAACGACAGCUGUGACAGUGUGUUAUAACAUAAUCAAAAUUAUAUAAUAUAUAUUAUAAAUAAGUAAUAUUUAAGAAGGAAAUAGGAUGAACGUUAUUUUAAAAUUGCGUCAACCAAUCAAAUGCCUCGGCGAUCACGUCAUACUUCGUGAUUGGUUCGUCAAGCGUUGCCAUUCGUGAACCAAACGUUGUGAUUGGUUGAAGCUUAGAUUACGUCACUGAAAUCCUCUUUUCUUCUUAAAAUUUAAAUAAUCUAAGCAAAUAUCUCUUUCUUUUCUAUAAUCACCUUCAAUUUUUUUCCUAUGCACUCUUUUAACUGUUAAAACACGGAGAGUAUAAAUGGAUAUUUAAUGAGAAGUUUUUUUUGCUAAGUUUUGUUUGUUUUCUUUUACUUCUUCUUAAUUACUUUAGCUUCGCCUGUGUGGCCAGAUAAAGAAGUUUCUUUUUGCUCCACAACUUAAAAGCAGGUACGAAAUUAUUUAAGAGAAAUCAGGAAAUAUCUUUUCAGUGGCCUUUAUUUCUAAUUUUAUUUUAAGUUAUACUUGUCAUUUUCUUAUCCACCGAAUUUAUGAAUAAACCGGACAAAUCAAAUAGGCACCUUGCUGAGGCAGCCCGUUUGACAUGUGCUCUCAAUUUAAUUCUGUCGGAUUAAUGGCCAAUGUUAAAUUUUAACAGGGUUGUUUAUUUCUACUUUAAAUUGACGUGUUUUCCAUAAAUAUGCCUGUCGAUUACCUGCCUUCUUCCUUUUCGGCGGGUAAAAAUAUAAUAGGCAUAACAUAAAAUUUUAGACAGUAUGUAUUAGAAUCGACUCCAUAAAUACAUAUUUAUACAAAUAUGUAUGUUAUACCUGUAUAGAAUUUAUUUUCCCGAUUUACGUAUAAAAUAUUAUUUUCAAAUCGAAGCUAAAUUCACAAAAUGUAAAUCAACCGAUUUAAAUUAGACCUUCGUUAUCUUGCUGUUUACAUUCUAAACGAAACGAUAUUUGUCCGGGGGUUCCCGAAACACCCUGGGAUUUCCCGGAAUUCUAUUUUAGACCGUGAAUCAAUUAAUAACCACCGUUCGUUUGACACUUGCCCCUAAAAUUGAUGUUGUGUCAUUAUUUUGGGGUUUCCAUAGUAAUGGCCCUAGCUUAUACCUCUUGGCUCUCAGCUCCGAGUUUAAUAUAAGCUGGAGGAAUUAAAAUGGAACUCGUAAUGGAUGGGAUCCCUUAAACGUGACCCAAAGAGUAGGGUAUAUUAUUUUUGCUAUGUUUCCUUCUCUCUAAAGUUUAUCUACCAAUUUUUGGUAUAGUUGCGUAUAAAUAUGAACCAUAUUAUUAUCAACUUGGUUCUAAUUGCUUUCAUUCAAAAAAAAACUUGUUUUAUUUUGCUGCAGACAUCGGUUUUAGUUCUUUUUUAGAUAUUUUUAAACGAAUAAGCUUUGACUUCAAAAACAUAUUGUUCAAUGAGACAUAAAAAUGACGAAUAAACACAGGCGAAGUAAAAAAUCAUCUUUGAUAUUUAUUAGUGUCUAAGUACUAUUUGUUCUUAACCAAAUUUAUCCCAUUUGGGAUAAAACUUCCAUUUACUCCAAUUUAAGCUUCUGUUGUUUAAAAAAAAUAUCUAAGAUAUAUAUUAUUUUUUCGGUGUGAAUGCUAACAAGUCACUUGAAUACCUACUUUGCUCAAAGUUGUAAUUAAACCGACAGGUCUAAAUAGUAUGAUUGUAACAAAUUAUGUGAGAGAUAAGCACGACUGAACAAUCAUCUUGUAUCUUAUAAAUUAUAGAAAUGUACAUAGAAAUCUCUAACUUUAUUAAUAUAGGAUUUUAAUUUGAUUUCCCCUUUUUUUCGAGGUCGCCUCACACGUGAGGUAUUAGGGUGGCUUCAAAUUAGUCGCAACACGAUAGUCGCGGACAACAACGCGACUAAUUUGAGGCCUUAUGUAGAUAAUAAAAUUGUGUGUGCGUCGACCUUUCCUAUCGAUUUGUAUGACAACGAUGAAAUUAUAAUUAACUAUAAUAUAAAAUAAGUAUAUAUGUUGAGAGUUAUAUACGAUGCAGUGUGAUAUAUUUGGGAUAUUGUUUCUGUAAAUAUGUCAAUGUGCCAAUAAUUUAAGUAAAGAGGAUUGUUUAAAAUUGAAUAUUGAUGUUUAAAUAUUGAUUAAAUGUUGUCAAUUUGUAAAUAUUGGUGUGCUCUCGGCUAUAUAGGUUGCUAUUACGAAUAUGUAAAAGGGUCUGUUUGUUUGUAGGUACCUACUGAAAUUAAAUGUUAAGUACACAUCAAAAAUAAACAUGUCAGAUAAGCUUUAUUCUAUUAAAUAAAUAAUUUGCAUAUUGUUAUAAUCAUCAGUGGUUUCUCCUCACAUCUUUCGUUUCUACUCAUAUUUCGAGCUUGCUUUUUAUAAAUAAAUAAAUCAAUAAAAUUAUUAAACUAAAAACGAAAAAAGAAAUUAUUAAUUGUUGUUUUAUUGGGUAUUGUUGAAGAAUGUUGCAGAUAUAUUAAAUAGAUUCCAAAAUUACGUAACUCUCAAGUGUUCAGCUAUAAUCGUACCUAUUAACCUAAAGUCGAAAGUACACUAAAUAUUAUUAAAUCAUCUAUUGUACAGGAUAACACAAAAUGUCUGAAUGUCAUUAUAUAAAUAAAAUCAUUGCCAACAAUGUCUUUUUCAUUGAUGCUCAAAAUAUCACCUAUUUCUUU